AUGGCUGCCGCCGCGCCUGUCCCCCGCCCCUUGGAGCUCGACCCCAAGUACGAUGACUACGACUUCCCGACCACCGCCGCCGUCCCCCUGAGCGGACAUGCUGGCUACCUGACGGCGGAACAACAAGCUCAGGUCUCGCAGCUGCGUCUGAUGCUCGAGUCUGAGGGCUACACCAAACGUCUCGACACGCUCACACUGCUCCGCUUCCUCCGUGCCCGCAAGUUCGAUGUCAACCUCUCCAAGCAAAUGUUCAUCGAGUGCGAGAAGUGGAGGCAAGAGACCAACCUCGACGACGUCGUCCCCAACUGGGACUACCCCGAGAAGGAGGAGGUCUUCAAGUACUACCCCCAGUACUACCACAAGACCGACAAGGAUGGCCGGCCCGUCUACAUCGAGCAGCUCGGCAACAUUGAUCUCACAGCCAUGUACAAGAUCACCACGGCCGAGCGCAUGCUGACCAACCUCGCGGUCGAGUACGAGCGCGUCGCCGACCCCCGCCUCCCGGCCUGCUCCCGCAAGUCGGGCGUCCUCCUCGAGACGUGCUGCACCGUCAUGGAUCUCAAGGGCGUCGGCAUCUCCAAGGCGCCCCAGGUGUUCAACUAUGUCAAGCAGGCCAGCGUCCUGAGCCAAAACUACUACCCCGAACGCCUCGGUCGUCUGUAUCUGAUCAACGCUCCUUGGGGCUUCAGCACCGUCUGGGGGGUCGUGAAGGCGUGGCUUGAUCCGGUGACGGUGCAGAAGAUUCAUGUGUUGGGCAGCGGGUACCAGAAGGAGUUGUUGGCGCAGGUUCCCGCCGAGAACCUGCCUAAGCAGUUUGGUGGUUCGUGCGAGUGUGCGGGCGGUUGCCAGUUUAGCGACAUGGGUCCUUGGCGCGAGGAGCAGUGGGCCAAGCCGGCCAAGUGGGAGAAGAAGGAGGGUGCUGCUGCUGCUGCUCCUGCGGCGGAUGCCACUAUUCAGAAUGCUGGUGCGGAUGUGAAGGAGGGUGGUGCUGCUGCUGUUGCCGGGCAGGGGAAUGCGGCUCUUCCGGUGGACGUCAAGGCUGAUGCUCCUGCUCCGGCGGCUGCGUAG